AUGGAUGUAGAAGCUGCUUCGUCGUCGCAGGCAAGCCAACGACAGGUGCGCUUGCAUCUUACUACCAGGGACGGUGAUAUCGCUCUACCUGAUGGCACUGGCCCAAUCCUUGUGCCUACUGGCCUGCGAAGAUAUGCGCUGUCUACUUUGGUGAACAACCUACUUAGCAAUGAGAAACCGAUUCCCCUCGAGUUCUUGGUCAACGGGACAUAUCUACGAACCUCAAUUGACGAGUACCUGACCGCAAACGGUAUAUCCGCGGAGACGACACUUGAAGUUGAAUAUGUGCGAGCCCUGAUACCGCCAUUACAUAUUGCAUCCUUUUUGCAUGAUGAUUGGGUGAGCUCGGUUGACGUUCUGUCGGCGACGUCUCUUACAGGUGGAGCGAGCGUGUCGGCUGGACAGGAAAGGAUUUUGUCUGGCAGCUAUGAUGGUAUUUUAAGGAUGUGGAACAUGUCAUCCCAGACUAUUGCUGUCUCGCCAGAUGCUUCUGAAGGUGGCCAUACGGCUUCUAUCAAAGCAUCAAAAAUAAUUUCCCCUACGCAACUUGCCUCAGCGGGGCUUGAUAGAACGGUUCGACUAUGGAAAUACACCGAAGAUGAGGACGGGUCUGCAGGCCGCAUUACCCCCCAACUUGAACUGUAUGGACAUAAGUCGGGCGUGGAUUCUCUUUCUGUACAUGCGCCUUCAAAUCGAAUGCUAUCUGCAUCAGCAGAUCACACUGUCGGGUUUUGGUCGACUCGGAAAUCAGAUGCGCCUACUGCCCCCGCAGAACUAUUACCCUCAAAUGCAUCAAGGAGUUCAAAACGGCGCAAAUUAAACUCUUCCGUUACCGUACCUCAACGCGGUCCACUUGCACUUUUGUCCUCUCACACUGGCCCUGUUUCCGCGGCGAUUUUCGAUGCAAAGGACUCCACAGUUGGGUAUUCCACGUCUUGGGACCAUUCACUUCGUACUUGGGAUCUAGUCACAUCAGCUCUCGUUGACACUCGCACUACUUCGCAUUCACUCCUAUCCCUUGAACAUCUUCCUGAACUACACCUUUUGGCGGCUGGUACAUCCGCCCGGCAUAUCACACUCAUAGACCCGCGAGCCUCUGCGACGUCCGUCUCUGUCAUGACCCUACGCGGACAUACCAAUGCUGUCGUUACCCUCGCCCGUGAUCCGCAUAGUACAUAUGGACUCAUUAGUGGCAGUCAUGAUGGCACAUGCCGCAUUUGGGAUGUCAGGUCUACAAAGACGGAUACGGAUGGCAUUGUUGGCAGAGACAUAUAUUGCAUACCACGCAAAAGCCUAGAGGAAUCCGGUAAGGAGGGCUCAAAGCGAAUAGGUGGAGACGGAAUUAAGGUGUUUGGGGUAUGCUGGGAUAAUUCCGUGGGCAUUGUGAGCGCCGGUGAAGACAAGAGAAUACAAAUCAAUCGUGGAGAAGGCGUUUUACAAGCGGAGCCGCCAAAAACCAAUUAG